GGCUACCCGUGUAACUGCACUUUAAGUCCCGACACUUAUCGAUAUUCAAGUACAUCCAUACUUUCAUGUAUUUUGUAUUCUUGUAAUACCUCUGAACCAUUUGCGAGACAACGUUUAACUUUAACUAUACAAUUCUCAGUUUUACUUUUACACGCAAUUAUCCAAACUCAACUUUAACGGAUGUAUUGAUUCUGCGGCGGUGUAGAAUACACUCUUGUUAGUUCAACCUAACUACGCACAACCAAACACUUUGCUUUGACCCUGGACGGUUUGCCACGCAUCUGUUCUAUAUUUGUUAGUUGAUAUAAGACUAGAGCCAGUAAAGGCGACGGACCCCUGCAGGUUUCGAAGUGGAGGGGACAUACCAGCAUACCCAAGGUCCUAACCAUAACUUCAUAACUUCUGUUGCUACAGUACUGGGCAAACACGGGUGGAUGGAAAACAGCGAAUGCGAAUGAUGAUUACGAUACUUACCUCUUAUAUACUCUAAUGGCGUCGACGUUAUCGCUCUACUUUACUCUAACAACGACGUCAAACUGUAUAUCACAAAAUGGCAGGACCCGGUAUAGAGUCCGAGACUCAAUGGCCCCCGCGAUCUCCACACGACGUUCUCCUUAGCACACCUAAGGGACGCGAAAAGCUACGUCGCAUGGCCGAGCGAUCCUCACCCUCGCCGUCUCCGAGUAAGAUACAUCGACGGGUACCCGCGCUGUCUGCCCGGACCGGAAAUUCUUUUCGCGGCGGCGCACAAGACGCUGGAAUGGAUAUAGAUGAGAAUGAAGACGAUGACGAUGAUGAGGACGAGGAGAUGCUGCAAUUGAAGCUGCAAGCAAUCCAGGCGAAACUCAAACUAAAGAAAUUACAAAGCGCCAAAGCAAAGAAGACCCUUGGAGAGAGUACUACGACACGGCCUGAAUCUAUGUCUAUACCGGACGUUCCAAUUACUAGCAGAGCCCGCUCUCGAGCAGACUCGUUACGUUCAGGCCUACCGACACGGCCACAGUCGCAAAUGGAAGUGCAAGUUCCAGCAUCUCCGGUGAGGAGGACGCAAACGGCGCAAGGCGACAGCUCCCCUAGCAGGGUACGUCUUGGUAUAGACAAGGGAAUCAAAGCGAAAGACAUAUCGCUGAAAAGAGCUCCAAGCUUUAAGAGGACUACUGAGAACCAAAAUGGGAAUGGGACCCAAGGAGGUUAUCUUCGAAGAGCGCACACGCCCGCUCCUGGUGGUGCUGAGCAACAGACGAAACAGGAACGGCCCAUGACUUUUAGUGAGAGACUAGCCGCGGCUAGGUCGGAAGAGUCAACUCGGCUAGAGAGGCAGGAAAGGGUGAGGCAGGCAAGGAGUAACGCCUUUGAGCUAGGCAGACAGGAAAUGGAGCAGUUAAAAAGCACUGCCAAGGAUAUACCCGACAUCCCCUUACAGCCCGAACAGUACAGCCGCGAACAAGUCAUGGCCGGUGCUCGGACUAAACGUAGUGAUACCGUCUCUAGCCUAAGACGGCCUACGCUUGAUGAGAAUCGCCCUGGGACCAGCUCAGGGAGGACAGUAGAACCUCAGGCACCUCCUGAAGAAGUACCGGAAGAGGAAGCUUCUGCAUUUGAGCCAUAUUCAAGUGUCCACCUCUCGAAGCGAGUAAUACCACAUACGACUCUUACACGGAAUCUGUCAGGCAAGAAGACGUACGUGAUAAAAGAUCUAUUAAAACACGUCAAGGCGCCAGAUUUUCAGCUCCCGGAGAUCGAGCAGGACAUAGUAGUCUUCGGUAUCCUAGCGUCAAAGUCCGACCCUCGUUCGCAUAAGACUUCAAACAACAACUUAAAAGAAAAAGUAGAGUCUGACCCGACGAGGGGAAAGUACAUGGUCCUACAGCUUGUCGAUUUACAAUGGGAACUCGAGCUCUUUCUUUUCAACUCUGGCUUUGAUCGAUAUUGGAAAUUAGUUCCAGGUACACUUCUAGCUAUCUUGAAUCCAAAUGUCAUGCCGCCGCCUCCAGGCCGGACCGACACAGGGCGCUUCAGUCUAGUGAUCAACAGUGGCGAGGAUACCAUUCUAGAGAUAGGUACGGCACGAGACCUUGGGUUCUGCAAGAGUAUAAAAAAGGAUGGGGAGCAUUGUAAUAGUUGGGUUAACCGCAAGCGCACCGAGUUCUGCGAGUUCCAUAUGAACAUGGGGCUGGCCAAGCACCGACAGGCCCGACAAGACGUAAAUGCGUUCAACACCGGACUCGGCCCAAGGAAAGACGACGGAGAGGGUAGGAGAUACAAGAAAUCGUACCGCCUUAACGACUGGGAGCAGCACGCCAAUGACCCUAAGACAAAGAGCAGGGGUAACUUCGACAGAAGCACGCAAAGUCAGUGGUUCAUCUCCAAGCCUAGCGCUGCCAGUAUGCUCGACAACGAGAUACUAGGCGGGAAGAUCGCCGACCGCACCGAGCGCAGCGAAGCCCUAAAGAGACGCCUUGCGACCCAGGAGAAGGAGCGCGAUAUCAUGAAACAGCUAGGCAAGGUCGGGUCUGGUGCGGGCAAAGAGUACAUGAAAAGGGGUGGUGGUGGUAGCAGCACCCAACGCUCGGUUUCGAGCUCUAGCCUACUAUUCGCAACCUCGUCGUCACAAGCCGCUGGGAACGAGCCCAGGCAAGAUCUCGACGCUAGAUCCCUCGGCCUAGUCCGUGAAAAGGGCCAGGAACCUAAGAUGCACCUCAGCCCUAUAAAGCGCAAGCGCAGCGAGGGCGUGCGGCCAUCCUCCAGCUCUGCGGCACUCGCUAGUAGUAGCAAGCCUGCGCUCGGCUGGGGCGGCAACCUAAAGGAGAAACUAACUCGCAUGAGAGACGGUGAGAAAUUACGGCCCGCGAUAAACCUGAAUUCAAGUAGCGACGGGAUUGGUAAUGCGGAUAACGACGGUAGUAGCGUUAGCGCCGGCGCCGCCAGCAGCUCUGCCUCUAGAUCCCCGGCUCGCAAGAAGACGCGCUUCGUCACGGAAAAAGGCAUCCGCGAGGCGGGGCGCGAGAGUCUCGGCGCGGAGCUGGCCCCGGGCGCGGGGGUGGUGGAAGGCGUGUUUAAUACCCGUGCUGCUACUCCCGGCGUCGAUAGGAGUAGUAGAGAUAUCAGCAGUAGGAGUAGCAGGGCGAGACCAAGGCAGAUGGUCAUUCUGGAUGAGGACGAUGACGACGAGUUGGAGAUUCUCCGGUAGCGGGAGGAGAAGGGGGAAACAAACAAAUAUUAGUAUCAGUAUGGAAAGUGAAGAAAGCAAAGAAAGCAAAACGAGAGACGAGACAUACCAUACCUAAACUUCGUCCUCUUUCUACAUCUGGCACGAUAGCAUAGCAUCGACAAACAAACUACGCGAGCAGAAUUGUUGAUCUCUGCGAAAGACGGCGCGUAUGGACGGGUACUACUAAGUGGACAGGAUAAACUAGGAUACGGAUGCAUUGGAUCGAAUUGAAUCGGAUGAUGGUUAUUGUAGGUAGCGCAGGGCGAAUCGGAGCGGACAAGCUGUUCAUUUUGGACCCUGACCCUAGGUACCAAGAAGAGACUCGGCUGGGUUGAUUCGAUUAAAUCGUAUAUAUUUGUUAUGUCAUGUGUAUUAUUCCC